ACUGGGGAUUGUUUUGCCCCAUGUUUUUGUUCUGCCAAACCACAACCUUUGCUUUGCUUUCUUACUCCUUUAAAUACCAUCCCUCAUCAAAUCAUAUCAUAUCAUUUAAAUUUCAUCAUCUAUUCAAUUUCAUCAAAUUUGGCCUCUGUUCUGGUAAGAGAUGGCUCAAUCUCAGCCGUUCACCAUCGAUUUCAUGGGAAUCGGAAGCCCUCAAUUGGAUUGCCCCCAACAACUUCUGCACAGGCGAUCAAUGCAGUCAUGUCUGGGAAAGAUAAAGCCCCAGAUGCUGCAACAAGUGCUCUCACACGGAUGUUUCAGCGAUUCAGAAAAUUUUCACAGAGAAGAUCAGAUUGGGGUUUCUGAAGGAAUUAAGACUCUGGAUCUGUUUCCCCUGCAUCCUCUAGGGUUUCAAUCCAACAGUAAACAGAACAAGAGCCAAUCGGCUUUUUACAAUUAUCCAAGGCAAAGUGUUUCAAAUUCACAAGAAUCCACAGACGGGGAAAAACAAAGCCACGCUGUUGAAAUAUCAAAUGCCAAUCUUCCGAUGGCUAAGAGAAUAUCCCUUCAACGAUUUCUGCAGAAACGGAAGGACAGACUGAGCAGAGUCAUUCCCUACGUGACGUCAUCGAAGUAAAAGGAAUCUGAAAUUGUAUGUUCUUAUCCGGGAGGAACUUUCGAGAAGUGCCAGAUGUCCCCACGUGUUUUGACCAAUGCACAUGUUAAAUCAUAUUGAAAAUCUGAUCGCAUUGGGAUCAACGAGAGAGUGGAGUGCCACAUGUUCCCACGCGUUUUCUCCAAUUGGCGUCACUCUUCCAAAAUCAUGAGGCCGGCAUUUGCGACUGCGCUGUGUAAAAUACAAUAUGAAUCAUCUGCGGAUAUUCAAUCAGAAUUAUAUUCCCCAGGAAAAUGUGAUCGCAUUGGAGUGAACGAGGAAAAUGUGUUUAAAAUCAUGAGGCCGGUAUUUGUUAUUGCGCUGUGUAAAAUACAAUUCUUCUCCAGAUAUUCAAUCAGAAUUAUAUUCCUCAAUAAUGUAUUUUUUAUUCUUUCAUUUAAAAAUUCAAAUACAUUUAUAAUUCAUUCAUUAUUAAA